AUGGCGCCCAUUGCAGAUGAGCAAUCACACUAUGGAUUUAUAAAUACAUGCCUGAAGUCUCUAGUGGUUGAGAAAUAUGGUGAAGAAACCUGGGAAAAAUUAAGGAUCCAAGCAGGAGUUCAGGAUUCAUUUUUGACUUUUGAAGUUUACCAAGAUGAGAUCACAAUGCUGCUAAUUGAUAAAGCCUGCAAAAUGUUAGGUGUUCCCUCUGAUAUGGUUCUGAAGCAGUUUGGAGAGUAUUUCUUUGAGUUUUGCAAACGAUCAGGCUAUGACCAUAUGUUAAGAACCUUGGGUGGAAAUCUCUACGAGUUCAUAGAAAACCUGGAUUCAUUGCACAGCUACUUAUCUCUUUCUUAUCAGGAAAUGAAUGCACCUUCUUUUAGAGUAGAAAAUAAUGAAGAUGGGUCAAUGCAUUUACAUUACUACUCAGAUAGAAGAGGUCUAUGCCAUAUUGUUCCAGGAAUCAUUGGUGCAGCAGCCCUGGAUUUUUUCAACACUGAAAUUUCAAUGGAAAUAGUCAAUCAGACAGAAGAGGAAGAAAGGACUGGGAAAAAAGAACACAUUGUUUUCCUUGUCACUCAAAAACCUGUAUUUUCAUAUAAGAAGAGAGAGAAAUUUUCUUCCUUACCACAAUAUCUUGCUGAUUCUGGAAGGCAAAGUGAAAAACUACUGAAUAAGGACCUUGAAAAAGCUGUGAAUAAGAUUAGAGAUAGAACAAGCCUUGUUCCUGUUCGUCCUGUCAAGAAAAGUCACUGGACGACAAUAAGAGGAAUUGUUACAUUAGGAAAAGGUAAACUACUGAGAGGAUUUGAUCCUGUUUAUCCUAAGACCCUCUGGAUAGACACCAAAACAUUUUGCAAUGGACUGCCUUUCCAUAUUGUUUUUGACAAAGAGCUCAGGGUGAAGCAAGCUGGAGUGAGCAUCCAGAAGAUUGUUCCUGGCCUUCAGACUAUGGGGAUCCACCUGGAUCACUACUUCAGUAUUGUGCACCCAGAAGUGACGUUCACCAUCUCUAGUGUUCAGAAAUUUAUCAAUAGUCAGUUUGUUUUCCGGACGAGGCGGGAGAUGAUGCCAGAGUCCUGGAAACAACGCCCAAUGCUAGAGCUCAGAGGACAAAUGAUCUGGAUGGAGUCCCUGCAGUGCAUGUUAUAUCUCUGUUCACCUUUACUACGCACUUUGCAUGAGCUAGAAGAGAGGCAGAUGCAUAUUGCAGACAUAGCACCCCAUGAUGUCACCAGGGAUUUGAUUCUUCUUAACCAGCAAAGACUGGCAGAGAUGGAGCUCUCCAACCAACUGGAGAGGAAGAAAGAGGAACUGCGGAUAUUAUCAAAGCACCUAGAAGAAGAAAAGAAAAAGACAGAAGCUCUGCUGUAUGCUAUGCUUCCUAAGCAUGUGGCCAAUCAGCUAAAAGAAGGGAAACGGGUUGAGGCAGGAGAGUUUAAAGAAUGCACCAUAUUGUUCAGUGAUGUUGUGACCUUUACCAACAUUUGUGCCCAGUGUGAACCUAUCCAGAUAGUCCUCAUGUUAAAUUCAAUGUACCUGCGAUUUGACAGGCUAACAACAGUGCAUGAUGUCUACAAGGUGGAGACUAUAGGAGAUGCCUACAUGGUGGUAGGAGGUGUCCCUGUGCCUGUAUCUACUCAUGCAGAACGAGUUGCCAACUUUUCCCUGGGAAUGAUAAUAGCAGCUAAAGAAGUUAAGAAUCCAGUUUCUGGCAACCCUAUCCAAAUUAGAGUUGGGAUCCAUACAGGCCCUGUGCUGGCUGGGGUAGUUGGAGAAAAGAUGCCUCGUUAUUGUUUGUUUGGAGAUACAGUGAACAUAGCUUCCCGGAUGGAGAGUCACGGGGUUCCAAGUAAAAUUCACCUUAGCACCAGUGCUUAUCGAUGCUUAAAGGACAAGAAUUUUGAAAUAAUGGAAAGAGGAGAAAUAGAAGUGAAGGGCAAGGGCAAAAUGCAUACGUACUUCUUGAUUAAAAACAGGACAGCAACCGAGAAUGAAAUCUUGGGAAGGCCAAUAAGAGAUUCAGAUUCUGGCCCUGAAUCUAUCCCAUCCUUUCAGGAAUCCAGGACUGAAGUGAUAGAAAAUGCGUGUCAGCAAGCUAUGCAGCCCAAUUCAGGUGAGGAUCAGCCUCUAGCCAUUGCAAUGAAGUACGUUGAUGGUCCUACUGAUGUACAAGGUGCUUGCAAAGGAAGAAACCAAGCUAGAAUUAUGGAUGUAACAGGCAAAACAUAUGGUUCCAAAAGCUGUAGAAAUCUCCAUGGUGAACAGCAGUCAAGUGAUCAUCCUUCUCUUCUUAACCAAGAAAGAUUCAAACCAGCAACUGAAGAACCAGAGAUCAGAAAUGUCCGAUCCAAUUUUUGCAAUGUACUUUAAAAUCCUGACUUUAGAAGUUAAAUGGGAAAGGAUGUUUUGCUCUACUAUAUUUUGCUAACACAAGUACUGAUUUCGUAUAUUAGUACAGAGUUUCUAGGAAAAAAAAUACAUUUCUUAGAGCUUGCAACGAAAACAAUGGCAUUGUACACAACUUUUUUGGUAUUUACAUAAAAUAAAAUUUGCAUUUGCACAUGAGAUGACAUCCAGAUGCUAUAGCUAUAGGCUGCUGUUCUGAAACUCCUAUUACAACUUUUGCACCUGCAUUCAUGCUGUACUUAGAAGCUUUUAUCAGGGAAACAUUCAUGCACACACACAUGCAUGCAUGCACUCAGUGUUAACUCAUUUAAGGUCAUAUUCACCCUGUUCGGCAUGUCAGUAUAUUCACCACUUACACCCUGAAAAUGGAUUUUAACUAGGUUCUUACCUUCCUGCCUCAACUGGAAAAAAUAAAGAGCUGGAACCUAAAGAAGAGCCAUGACAUUGUUCCAGGGAAUUGGCUCUUCCUUUUAAUUUAUCCAGUGCUGAUAGUCAGGCUCUGUAGAUUACUUACCCCAAUUCUAACAUAUCUUUAAUCCCUAGUUGACUGAAAGCAAUAGAUGGAAAUAGAUGUUCAGCUGCCAAAAAGGAUUUGUAGUGCAGGAAUAAAGAAACUGAGCACAUAUAUUGUAAAUAAGAUGCUCCAUGGUUGAACUGUCUUUUCAUUCCACUGUAGCCAUCCUAGAAUGUACAACACCCAGAGGAAAUUUGAUUUACAAUUAACCAAAUCUGCUACAGGUUCAACAUGGAUUAAGGUUUUGCCUCCGUGAAAUUGGGCAUCGAGGUUUUAAUGUUUGGUGGCAUGCUACGAUAUGUACUGUCCAAACUAAAUCUCACUAUUAGCUCCCCAUUUUGCUGCAGGUAGAUCUCAACUGUACGCACUGACCAUGGACAAAGGAUGAUCAUAGUUUUAUAAAAACAAAAAAUUACCUCAAAGAGCAUAGGGAUUGAUUCUUGUCUCAUGAACGCUGGUGUAAAUCCAAAGGAACAUGAAUAAGAGCACGGUGUUCCACUGAUGUAAGAAGAGGAUCAGCCUUGAAAACACUUAUCUACCAUAUGAGACAACAGAUUAAAUUUGUUCCUCUUGAAUGGUCACACCUGGUAGAACAGUAUACUUGCCAUUUAUCCCAAUUUGGACAGGAUUUAAUUUUUUUCUUUCUGCUGGGUACUGGAUAGCUAGCACUGAUACUAUUUUUGUAUACAGUUGUCUGCAGCAGCCAUGAGGAAUAAGUUUCUCUUCAGGCAUCUAUACUGAUACCAGAACAGGAGAGCAAGAGAUCCCAUAGGGAUCCCUUUGGUAAGAAGUGGAGAGAGAAGCAGGCACUUGGAGGAGCAGAACACUGAGCUGGCAGGAGAGAAGGAAAGGGAAGUCACAACCAUUAUCAGAAAGUAAGCAAGAAAGAGGAAAUGGGAAGACUUCACAAGGCAUGAAUAGAAAAGAGAUGCCUGAGAAAGAUGGUACGGUCUGAAACACCAGCAGUUAAUAAAACAGGGCAGGACAAGGUUUC